CGAGGGUUGGCGUUUGGCUUGGCGGUGUUUGUACGUCCGGAUGUAACAUGUUAAUUAUAUAAUUAAGGCCGCUUCCGCCUACGAGGGACUUGGCAGCCGAGAAGAAGACGACUUCCUUCGUCGCAAUCUGGCUGCAGAGAGGUUUGUGGUUAUCGUCAUUAAAUGGUACUCUGCAUAAUGUCAGUUCAACCUCAAUCCUCGCAGUUCUAUUGACCAGGCACACAUCUCUUAUGCACAAUUUCCUCUGGGUUCUACUCGUCGAAAAGGAUUCUCUUCCACUCUGGCAGCUUUAAAACAGUCAAACUUUUCUCGCACCUCAAGGAGGGUGUGGGGUGAUGGUGAGCGAGCGAUUCUGCUUUGUGUUUUACGGAGAUCAAGAUCACCUGACAUAUGGAGAUUGUGCCGCGUCACUGUGGGCUUGACACUUGAUUAUGGCUAAGGUUGUGUGUGCUCGGGUCCCCAGAAGCUCUUCGUUAUUCUUCCACUGAGUGGAGAAAUUAAGGGUUUCGGAAUUGGCUUCUGGAAAAUUUAUGAACAGCGUAGAUUGUCCUUGAUGUUGCAUUUCUACGUGGAAGAAAUUUAGGCGUCUAGAUGUAGCUCUUCACACCAUUGCUAUGACGAUUAGGUUUUCUUGUUUCAAUUCCGAUCUUCACAACAAGCCAAAGAAAGUAGUUCGACCUUCUAUUGAAGCAAUGGCAAAGACUCUGCAAGAUGGUUCCCAAAGUCAAGCCUCUACAAAUAAUGGUGUGCCUACAGGCUCAACCCCAUUAAUUUCAAAUGCACGUGGACGAGAACAAUUGAAUAAACUGAAUGAUAAGGGUGGCAAUUUGAUUUCAGUUGAGCGUGGAUGGAUGUCGGAGAAUCUGAGAAACAGGUUAGAUGAUGAACAUGAAAACGAAAUUCGCCAUACCGGGCGUCUUAAGAAAAGUGUCUCUCUAGAAAGUGGACUUUACCAAGAGGGAAAGCUUUAUACUGACAACUUGGCUGAGGAUUAUUCAGAUCAUGUACUUUCUUAUAAUGAUCCCGAAAGCCACAAUGAGUCCACGAUUUCGGGAUGUAGAAUGGAUCGUGAUAUAAACGCGGCAGAUAGGGGGAGAACAAACCAGUACUCAGAGAUACAUGACAGUUUGGGUCCAGGAAAUGAUGGUUCGAUUUUUUCAAUUGAAGAUCCAACGCUUUUAGAAAAAGAUGCCCCGGAAGCUUCUGACACUCCAUUAUCCGGCGGAUGUGCCGGUGACGACCAUACUUCUGGUCGCAGGGCCCCAACUUUGAUGCUUAAGUCGUGUUCUUUUCCCAAUAUCAUGGCUUCUGCAUUAUCUUCAGAAAUAUUCUCUUAUGAUGAACAUACUGCUUCAAGGUCCAGAUCUUCUGAGGAUCUUCAGGCUUUAAGCUUGAGGCUGAAAGAUACUUUCAUCGGUGAGUCUGAUAUUCAAGUUAGCUCGGGACAAGCGAGGGGAAAAAAGAUGGACACUAUUGAAGAAAAUCAUAUGGAUGGGGAUGGCUCCUUUGAUGAUGUUUAUGAUGCUCAUCCACUCUGUGGUUCAGCAAGAGACUGGGUAAUGCCUCUUACAGAUGAUAUAAAUGGAAGCAAAACCCUUAAAGGCGAGUCCUCUGUUCGGCACUUGGAUGAUUUGGAUAACAAGGAUUUUAGGAUUAAGCGUAUUGAGGACUGGGUGACUGGUCUGGAACAUUAUGGACCUCCUGAGGAAACAAUUGAAUCGUCCGAAUUAGUUGGUCCCUUAAACGGUAAUUGCAUUAACACGUCAGAGAGUGUGGCUGCUGCCCGGGUGGAUGGUAUUGUCACUCCUAGCAUGGAAGCUGCUAAGAGAUAUGUCUCUUCCCUAAGUCCUAAUGCCACUACGGCCCAUCUAGCUAAUUGCGGGUUGGUUACGAUCCCGCUUCUUAGCGUGUUUGUAACUUUGAAGGUGCUCAAUUUGUCUGGAAAUGCUAUCGGGAGGAUAACGGUGGGUGCUCUUCCCCGUGGACUACACGUUUUGAACUUGUCCAAAAACAAUAUAUCAACCAUUGAGGGAUUACGUGAACUAACGCGACUCCGUGUUUUGGACCUGAGCUACAAUCGUAUAUUAAGAAUUGGACAUGGGCUAGCUUCUUGUUCAUCUCUUAAAGAGCUGUACCUGGCUGGAAACAAGAUCAGCGAAGUAGAGGGGCUGCACCGCCUCUUGAAACUCAAUGUACUGGAUCUUCGUUUCAACAAAAUAUCAACAGCGAAAUGUCUGGGUCAGCUUGCUGCUAACUAUAACUCCCUGCAAGCUAUCAGCUUGGAAGGAAACCCAGCCCAGAAAAAUGUGGGAAACGAACAACUAAAGAAAUAUCUGCAAGGCCUUCUUCCCCAUCUUGCUUACUACAAUCGGCAGCCUAUGAAAGCCGGCACUUUGAAAGAUGGUGCAGAUCGGUCAGUGCGUUUAGGCAUGAACGCUCAUCAGUCCGAUCGUAGCCUUAGAUUAGAUCACAAGACCGCAAGGAAGGGCAGCCACGUCGGAGGAUCACGGCGGCCAUCAACACCUAGCACCACCACUGUUCAUGCUCGUAGAACGAAGACGGUGGAGUCAUGGAAACACUCAAAAGGCAAAAUGCACCUCCCGCCAACUGGAGCCAAAGUGACCUCCCAAAGCCGAAAUCAUUUUGACGUCGUCGGCAAACUGUUAAACUUAGGACAAGGCCUCUCCAUUCGCAAGAGUCGCAGCGAGGGAACUCUUGGAGCUUUAUGAAAUGAUUUUCAAUUGCAAAAUGCAGUGUCGGUUUAUGUUGUAGCCUGUGUUUCAGUGUUCUUCUGUUUACUGCUGGACUACUUUACGGCUUUAUUCAUGUGUUUGCUGUGUUAGACUUGUAUAACAUGCCUUUUGUUUUCAUGGCCUGAUAUAACAUGCUAGUUUUUACUUCAAGACAUAAGCUCAGUUUGCAAAAA